AUGAUAGAACACAGGUUAGUUUACCUUAUUUUCACCAGUUGUUUCAGUAACAAAUAACUGUAUACUUGCGACUUGUAUUUACUCAACAAAUUCCUAUUAAAUUUAGCGCUGUAGCUGCAAAAACACGUGCAGCAAGCGAAGCGGCAGAAAGUAGCGAGGUUGCCCUUGCCAGGAUGAAGGUGUCAAAUGCACAGAAAGAUGUUCAUGUGGAACUAAAACAGCUAAUUGCAAAAACAAGACACAGGGACAGGGAACAGUUGCCUCCGCAAAUGCAAGAAAAAACGCAUUUGAACGUCACGAGAUCGCAGUCAACGAAGCAAAACAACAGAUUAUGGUGA